AGGAAAAUUAAAAAUAAAAUUACCAAGAGAUCAGACCUAAGUGCCAAUUUCCCACUCAUCUCAGCUGCUUCCGCCGCCAACGACGACGACGUUCGUGAAUGCUAGCUUGCAGUUGCAGGUCCCUCAUUAGAGCCGACCUUGCUCGAACAGUCACUAAACUCUCUGCAAAUUCUAACUCCGUACGACACUUACUGAGAUGCUCUUUUCAUCAUAAGUUGCGGAGCGUUGAUAUUGGGGAACUUCUACAUUCAGAUAUGGACCGGACAAGACGAGAUAAGGUUUCCCGUGUGUGGAGACAAGUGGCUACACAAUCAAGUAGCAGCCAAGAUUUUGAAGGCAACAGCGUAAAGAUUGAUUCUGAGAACUCUGCAGUUGUUGCUGGUAGUGAGAAGAAUGAAAUAGAGAGUCAAGUGAAAGAAGUGCAGGAUGGCAUUUCUUCACAUCUUUCAACAAUUGAACGUGAAAAUGAAGUCAGAGUUGGGGAUGAUCAAGAGAUUAAUCUUCGGUCAGUGAAAUCUGGUGAUGAAGUUAAAGGAUUACAAGGAGAACCCAUAAAUUCAUCUGAGAAGGAUGCAGCUUCAAUAGAGCCAAUAUCUUCAACUGCAAAGCAUUCGAUUUCACUAGAGGUGGGGUCUUCACUGAUCCGUUUUAUCAAAGGAAAAGGGGGAGCCACACAACGAAAAGUUGAGGAAGAGAUGGGAGUUCAAAUUAUCUUUCCUUCUUCCAAAAAGGAGGAAUCUAUAAUCAUUGAAGGUGAUUCUGCUGAAAGUGUUGAUAGAGCACACAAGAGAGUACUGGACAUUAUUGAUGAGGCAGUUCAAAGCCCAAGUCUUGACUACUCUCACUUUGUCUCACUUCCAUUGGCUAUACAUCCUCAACUGGUAGAUAAGCUGGUCCAAUUUCAGAAUUCAAUCCUAGGAACCCAAGACACAGAUCAAGGCGAUAUACUAACCGUGGAUUCAGAUGCAAGUACAUCAGAUGAGGAACCUGAUGUACAGCACGCAGAUAAAGCAACAAAACAUGCAAUUGAAAUUAAAGCCAGAGAUGGUAAUGAACAUGUUAGAAGGAGUGUCACCAGCAUACCACUUGCAAGUUACCCACCUAAAAUGUCCAAGGCCUCUGCUUUGGAGAAGACUUCAAAAGUAUCUGAGUCAGGCAUUGAGAGAUCCAUAUUUAUUAGGCCGAAAACUUUUCACUUAACUGUACUGAUGCUGAAAUUAUGGAACAAGGACCUACUUAGAGCUGCAGCCGAGGUAUUGCAGAGCAUUUCAUCAGAAGUAAUCCAAGCCUUGGACAGCCGGCCUGUUUCUAUUCAACUUAAAGGCCUGGAAUGCAUGAAGGGUUCUUUUGCUAAAGCUCGUGUUCUCUAUGCUCCUGUUGAAGAAAUUGGUGGCGAGGAACGACUAUUACGUGCUUGUCAGGUUAUCAUUGAUGCAUUUGUUGAAGCUGGUCUUGUUCUUGAGAGAGAUGCGACACACAAGCUAAAGUUACAUGCCACUGUGAUGAAUGUCCGACACAGAAAAAGAAAAAUGAGAACAAGAAAGUUUGAUUUCUUUGAUGCACGAAGUAUUGCUGAUCAAUACGGAUCUGAGGAUUGGGGAGUGUAUGUCAUCCGUGAAGCCCAUCUUUCUGAAAGGUUUCGGUUUGAUGAAAAUGGUUAUUACCAUUGCUGCACUUCUAUUCCCUUUCCCGAAGAUACGCAAUUAGAUUAGAUUGCUCGCCUGCAUCUAAAGAAACAUUGUGCCCUCUUUAGCUGUUUAAGUGUUUUUUUAGUAUUUUCUCUUCACCUGGUUUUGUCUUCAUACUCAUUUACCCAAGAUGUGACGCACAAUCUUCAAUAUGUGUAGGAAAGAAAUUUUAUGCGGUUUGAUUUUUUGCUGGAACUUGUAUGACUACUGAGGUUCUUUUCUCUUUAACGUGACAUACACAACAAAUCAAAUAAUCACACGUCUUGUAAUUGACUAUUCUAGUAUGCCAAAUCUAAUAAUCGCGUGUUUUGUAA